AUGAAACAGAUGGCCGCGUUUGUGUGCAAUCUGUCCUACGAGGGAGUAGGCAAGAAGGCGUUCCUGAGCAGGAAUGCAAAUGUAUGCGAGGAAGCGAGGAAGCUAUUCAAAAUCCCUAAAGACAAAGAGGUGCAACUGGAAUUGCUUCGCGGUGGAAUUUAUUCUCCACUCGGAAGUUCUGAUGAAAUUCCAGACCGAGGAGCCACCAUUCGCGUCGUCGCCAUCAAUAAAUCGGAUCCCAAGAGAUACGAAGAGGUUUUGGGCCUCUGGGAGGAGGCCACCUUCAUUGAAGUGACGGAGGGGCUGAAGAUCUACGAGCCGAGGAAGCGGUUGACGAUGAUCGAUGAAAAGAACAAACUGCUUGUUUACCACGUGGGAGAGAGAAUGCUUCCGAUUAAUUCCUAUGGCAAGGUCAUCAUUCUGGCUGGGGCCACCGGAGCAGAUAGAAACACGGACAAACUUCCUUAUGAACGUAAUCAUAACCUCGGGAAUCUAGUUCAUUUUGAAGGCUUAAGUGAUGCCACUCUCCUUCACAUUGAAGGGAAGACAUUGCUGGUGAGCACUAUGCUCAACUACCUGCUUGGCGUGAAUAUGGAGGACGUCCAGAGGCUCCGGAUGGUGGCACGGGGGACGGAGGAGUGGAAGAGCCAGACGAGAGACGUCACCGCCUACGUCAUCAACCCGAGGAAGGAGAACCCCCGAUUUAAAUACCCAGUCACGAUCGUGGACACGCCGGGGUUCGGGGACACUGAGGGACUCGACGGCAACACCUUUUCCAUGCUCAAGGCUUUCUUCGACCACAAGGAAGGCAUCGACCGGCUCCACUCGGUCGGACUGGUCGUUCCCGCCUCCACCUCCAGGUUGACCGUCGGGCACACCCAGGUCUUCAAACAAAUCCAAGGGAUCUUCGGGAAGGACGUGAGGGGCAACAUCCUGAACGAGUACUGGAAGCGGCUGCAGAGCCUGGGAGGGCGGAACUUCCACCACCUAGCUCGACCGUAUGGGAUGGUGCCGCACAUGGGACAGUUGUUGUCGACGGAGAAGUCGUGCUCUUUUAGCCGUCAGCUCUUCUGGGAGGAAAUGAUGAUGAGCAUGAAGAAAUAUUUCGAUAUCUUGCUUGAUACAGAGCCGGUGAGCACCAAAAUGACGUAUGAAGUCCUCCAACACCGGGAGAUCAUCGAGAAGAACAUCCAAGAACUACAGGAAAAAGUCUUUGAA